GCUGAAUCGGGCGAAGUCUCCCUUACCCUUUCACACCGCUGCUUGCUCCUUACCCCGAUGUCUCUUCCGAAGCGGAUCAUCAAGGAGACGGAGCGCCUGGUCGCAGAUCCCGCGCCUGGCAUUACCGCCGCGCCGCAUGACGAUAACCUCCGCUACUUCGACGUGACGAUACAGGGCCCAGAUGGCAGCCCAUUCGAGAGAGGAGUAUUCAAGCUCGAGCUCUUCCUGCCAGAAGAAUACCCCAUGGCACCGCCGAAGGUCCGCUUUUUGACCAAGAUCUACCAUCCUAACAUCGACAAGCUCGGCCGCAUCUGCCUCGACAUCCUGAAGGACAAGUGGUCACCAGCGCUGCAAAUUCGCACCGUCCUACUCUCCGUCCAAGCCCUACUCUCUGCGCCGAACCCCGACGACCCGCUCGCGACCGACGUCGCGAAGCACUACAAGGAGGACGAGAAGGACGCGCAGCGCGUCAGCAGGGAGUGGACGGUCAAGUACGCCAGCGCAUGAGUCGGAGUGGACGAACGUCUGUAUGGAAUUUGAGGCUCAUUCUCGCACGGCAAGCCCUUGCCAAUCCAAAGCUCGCAACCUUCGCCGGUCGUACUGUGGGAGAUAGACGUGUACAUUUACUGUUUUUAUUCAUCUUGUAGUCAAAAGUUGCCGACGACGAGGUUUGGGAGGGUCAACACUGAGAACAGGGAGAGUACGAGGUCGUAAGGGAAGCAUCGAAGGCGCGGAGCAAGAAAUGGGGCGCCGGAAUAUGGCAGGUCACGGGAUUGCCACAGGAUCUCAACUGUGAUGCCUUCUAUGACAUCCAAAGAGCAGCUUCGGUCAAGGCUGGGGCAGGCGACAAGAAACACAGGAGGUUCUUUCGCUCGAGCACGUCCGUUCAGACAAUGUGGUAGUCCAGCGGCAAUC